GUUGUAGUUUUCAAAGUUGUUUAUUUUGAUAUCUAUGGUUAUAACACUGUAAAUCAGAAUUAUUUAGGAUAGAUUGUAUUUUAUCAAGAGUUAUGUUGGUGGUCUUAUCACGCUCAAUAAAUCUAAGUUUUCGAAUAUAACUGUAAUGUGGUGAUCAUAUAUUUCUACAAUAAUUACAGAAUUGUUAAAAAGUGAUUUUAACCUAUUUCAUUUUUCAUUUAAUUAUUAAUGGCAUGUUAUUUUACUGAGAAUGUUCAUACUAAAUCAUUUACUCCUAGAGAAUACCAGAUUGAACUUCUGGAUGCUGGUCGUGAGCGAAAUAUUAUUGUUUGCUUAAAUCCUGGGUCAAACAGGACUUUUGUUUCAUUAAAAUUAUUGCUGGAAUUGUCAGUUGAUAUCAGGAGGCCUUGGAAAUGUGGCGGAAAAAGAUCUUUGUACAUAGGAAACAAAUCUUCUGUUCAGUAUUAUGCAGAACUUAUAAAACAAUUGACAGAUCUCCAUGUAGGUGAUUACUGCCAUUUAUCACAAAAAAUAAAUUUUGAAUUGCAUCAGGUUCUAGCAGUAACGAGUGAAGUCGUUGCUCAUUGGAUAAGUGCUGAAAAGAUUGUUUGGAGUCGAAUAAACCUUCUAAUCAUUGAAGACUGUCAUAAUGCUGUGAAAAUCCAUCCAUUAAGAGAUUUAGUCUUGAACUUAAAAGAUUCUGGAAAUAAUCCUAGAGUGUUAGGAUUGACUUCACCACUUUUUACUGGCUGUAAAGUUGAACCUGGUUCUGUUGAAGCUCAAAUAAAGCAGCUAGAGAAAGAUUUAUGUAGCAAAGUUGAAACAGCUAGUGACAUUGUAUCUAUUUUAAGAUUUAAUGCUCACACAAAAGAAGUACUAUUGGAGUGUCAAAAUCAUCAACCGUGUGAACUAUCAGAAGUACUUGCUAAUGAGAUACAUGAUUUACAAGAGUUCCUUGUUGACCAUCGUUAUGAUCCUACUGAAAUAUAUGAAGAUAAUUUUGUUGAAGAACUGAAAGAUAUCCCUGAUCCUAAAAAAGAUCCUUUCGAAAUUAUUGAUGACUUUUUAGAAGUAUUAAACACAAUGGGACCGUGGUGUGCAGAUAAAGCUGCUCUUGUACUUUUAGUACAAAUAGAAAAACUAAAAGUAAAAACACCAUAUGAAAGGCAUUUUUUGUUGCUUUGUCUUGUUUCUUCAGCAUUGCUCAAGAUAAGGGCAAUCUGUGAUAAUAUCUUUCAAGAUUUAAGUGAAACUGAGAAAAUUUAUAAAUAUUCUUCACCUAAAGUGCUUCGGCUUAUUGAAGUAGUUAGACAAUUUAAACCAAACAAACCAAUAGAAUCUGAACCAACGACAGAGUCAGUUGAAAACCAAUUAGUUAAUAAAGAUGAUUGUGAUAAUACCCCAAAAGAUGGGAUUAGUAUCAGUUGUGAAAACAAAGAAUACGAUAACACAUUUACCUCUGAACAGAAUAGAAAUUGUGUCACACUUGUAGAUAGCAUCAUAAAUAUUGAUGACAUGAAAGAUGUUUAUAGUAAAAAUAGUUCAGCUGAAGAAAUUAUACAAUUAAAUUAUAAAAAUAAUAUUAAUUGCCUUUCUAAAAAUUCAGCUUCACAAAUCCCAUGCUUUAUUUGUGGAAAACACAACUGUAGCGGUUAUUCUGAUAAUGAUGUCAAUAAAAAUAAUGAUAGUUCUUCAAAUAAGCUUUUGUCUGAUGAACAAGACGAUUGCUUACCCAAAAAUUCAGAUUUCAUCACUACUGAAAAUGGGGAUUCUAAUAAUGAGCAUAUCAUUCAGAAGUUUCCAGAAAUGAUUAAUAAAAAUAAUUCUGAUCUAUGCUCUAAUACGUCUGAUGCUGAAGAAAACCAUAAUACCGAAAUCGAAAAGUUUUCUACUCCACCUGAAAUUUAUAAUAGCCAGGUUAUUAGUCAAGUUCCCAAUUCCAUUAAUGACAGUAUAGUUUCCAAAAUAGGCAGAUGGCGAGGAAGAGGUAGGGGUUGGAGACAAAGAAGAGGUGCUGGAGGAAAUCAAGGGAAGACGUUUAAACAACAAAUAAGUGAUGAUGCCGACAAUUUAUGUGGUAUAAUCUUCGUUGAAAACAGAUUCACUGCUAAAAUUCUUUAUCAUCUUUUUCAUGACUUACACAAAAACGAUCCAGAAUUUGAAAAUAUUUCAACUCAAUACACUGUUGGAAAAAUUGCAGAUCCUGCUGUUGAUCCUAGAGAAGCAGAAAUAGAACAUAGAAAACAAGAAGAUGUUUUAAAAAGGUUUAGGAUGAGAGAAUGUAAUCUCGUUAUAGCUACUUCUGUCCUAGAAGAAGGGAUCGAGCUACCCAAAUGUAAUCUUAUUGUACGAUAUGAUCCUGUCCCUAAUUAUAAAAGUCAUGCAUACAGUAAAGGACGGGCAAAGCAUCAGUAUUCUUAUUACAUAUCUAUUAUCGAGGAGGAUAUGAUAGAUAAAUAUUUGAAAAUAUAUGCUCAGUAUAUUUGUACAGAGAAGUUACUGCUUAAAAGAAGUAGUAAUCUGGAAGCUACUGAUGAAGAAGAAUCAGAAGCAAAUGCUUAUACCAAUGCAAUACCUGCUUUUAAACCUUUGGAAAAUGGUCCCAGUGUUGAUAUGUCUUCUUCUAUCACGCUGGUUAACAGAUACUGUGCUAAACUUCCAAGUGAUACUUUCACACGCUUGACUCCAACAUGGUCUAUUGGGGAUAUUUUUUUUGAAGGAAAAUUUAUGUAUUAUUGCACUGUUAGACUUCCUAUUAAUUCCCCACUUAAACAAGAUAUUGUGGGACACCCUAUGCCUAGUAAAGUGCUGUCUCGUCGCAUUGCAGCUCUUGAGACAUGCCGUUUAUUGCAUGGAAGGGGAGAGCUUGAUGACAAUUUAGAACCAAUUGGAAAAGAAGCUUUUAAUUCUGGAUUUGAAGAAGAGGAUCUUUCACCCAUAGCAUGGGACCCAAAUUUACCAAGGCCUGGAACAACCAAAAGCCGGCAAUAUUAUUAUAAAAGAAUUGCAAAUUGCCUCAAUAAUUGCCGCCCAGUUGCAGGAGUAGAUUGUUAUUUGUACAACAUAGAUAUGGUACUUACUUGCCCUCUUCCAGAAGAGCAAAAUACAAGAGGUAGAAAACUUCAUCCUCCAGAACUGGCCCCACAGGCUUUUGGCAUUCUUACUCUUAAAGAAAUUCCUAAGGUUUGUCCAUUUCCAAUAUUUACUAGAUCUGGUGAAGUUCAAGUCAGUUUAAAACUAUGUUCCAGCUCAAUAAAUUUAUCUGAAAGACAUGUUGAAACAAUAGCAACAUUUUUAAAUUUUAUUUUUACCUCAGUUCUUCGCUUACAGAAAUAUUUAAUGAGUUUUGAUCCACAAGCUAAAGAGAAUUCAUUCUUUAUUGUGCCUACGAAAAAAGAUGACAAUGGCAUAAACCAAGUGGACUGGGAUUUCCUUGAAGUAAUUUACAAAAGAAAAGAUGAAUGCCCUCAUUUAAUAACAGAUGAAGAUAGAAAAGAUUUUACUUUUGAUCCAGAAAAGUAUAACGAUGCUGUUGUGAUGCCUUGGUACCGAAAUCAAGACCAACCACAGUAUUUCUAUGUUGCCGAAAUAUGUUAUCACCUCAAUCCAAAAUCUGGUUUUCCUGGAAGCUUCUAUAAAACAUUUGAGGACUAUUACCUCAAAAAGUAUGGUAUUCAGAUUCAAAAUACCACGCAGCCUCUUCUUGAUGUUGACCAUACAUCAGCUCGCUUGAAUUUUCUCACCCCUAGGUAUGUAAAUCGAAAAGGUGUUGCUUUACCAACAUCCAGUGAGGAAACAAAGAGAGCCAAAAGAGAAAACUUGGAACAAAAACAAAUUCUUGUUGGAGAGCUUUGUGAAGUCCAUGUUGUUCCAGCUUCUCUUUGGAGGCAGGCUGUCUGUCUUCCUUGUAUUUUAUACAGGCUUAAUGCACUUCUUCUUGCUGAUGAGAUUCGGACAAAAGUCGCUGAGGAAAUAGGGCUUGGUUUAAUUACCCUAACUAAAGAAUUCGAGUGGGCUCCUUUGGAUUUUGGCUGGAGUUUGGCUGAUGUCUUAAAAAAAAAUAAACAAGAAAUUGAAAAUAAAGAAACUUCAAAUAUUAAAGAAAUUACUGAUAAAGAUGAAGGUUUAGAGGCUAAAGAAUUAUUAGAUGACAGUGAAAAUAAAAUAGUUACAAAGAAAAAAGAAGAAUCUGAUGCUGAUGAUACUGACGAUGAAACAAAUAAGGAUUCAGCCAAUGAAGAAGAUGAUAAAGAUAAGGGUGACUGGAUGGAAAUAGGAACUUGGUCUAAUGACAUGGCUCAACUUGGUGAUGAGUUUCAAAAGGACCUCCCUCCUGAGCUCUCAAUGGUGCGCUAUGGAUCUCCAACUAGCUGGAAUGUUGGUGAAAACCAGCCAUUCAACUACUAUAGCUCUGACUGCGAAUCAGAUGAUUCAAGUGAAAUAUAUUUAGAAUCUGAAACAUCUGAUUCUUCUGAUGGAGGUGCUGGGAAAUUAAAAAUCACAUUCAGGGGAGAUUACUUGGCAGAAGCCAUCGAAGAUAAUGAACCUGAAGCAAAGAAGGAAAAUAAUAACAACAUGAAAUUAGAUCUUGAAUUGUGGACCUGGGAAACUGAUGAUUUGAUUACUGAUGUUAAGGAAGCUAUCCUAACAGAGACUGAAGAAUUUCAGAAACAAACUGAAAAACAAAUGGAAAUAUUAAAAUCCCAAAAAAAACUUAUUAAAAAAGAAGAGCAGUUUCUAGUAAAUAAAGAGGAUGAUAAAAAACACGAAAUUGUAUCGGGAGAAAUGAAGGAUUUUGAUUUUAAAGUAAGAAGCUAUAAUAUGCCUUCAGAUAUUAUACCUAAAUCUUCAAAGAAAAAGUCUCUAUCCUACCACUAUCCAGCUGAAACUAUUAAUAAUCAAGAAAUAGAGGAAGACAUCGCAUUUAGUUUUGAUCACCAGCCAGAAUUGGAAGGCCAUCCAGGUCCUAGUCCUUCCAUUCUCCUACAAGCUCUGACUAUGUCUAAUGCAAACGAUGGCAUCAAUCUGGAGCGUUUGGAAACUAUCGGUGAUUCCUUCCUUAAGUAUGCUAUAACUACUUACCUCUACUGUACUCAUGAAAAUAUACAUGAAGGAAAACUCAGUCAUCUUCGUUCUAAACAGGUUAGUAAUUUGAAACUGUAUAGACUGGGACAAAAGAAGGUAUUUGGUGAGAGCAUGAUUGCUAGCAAGUUUGAGCCGCAUGAUAAUUGGCUACCACCAUGCUACUUGGUUCCUCGAGAUGCUGAGCAAAGGCUACUCGAUUCUGAGCCUCAAGCUACUCUCCCAUAUAAUCUUGUUACUCAGCAUUCCAUUCCUGACAAAAGUAUUGCUGAUUGUGUGGAGGCCUUGAUUGGUGCCUACUUGAUAGAAUGUGGUCCAAGAGGAGCAUUGUUGUUCAUGUCUUGGCUUGGCAUAAAAGUUUUACCUAAAGAAGAAAUUGAUACCACUACUGAUCCAAGUUUAGUUCAACGUGUUGGAAGCAUUAAAACUGACGAGAAUAUAGUAGUAAACUUUACAAGUCUUUCAGAACCUAUUUCACCAUUGCUUCGACAUGUAGAUGACCCGGAAGGGGAGUUAGCUUUUCUCUUGGCUGGUUUUGAAGCUUUGGAAUCAUCGCUGCAUUAUUCAUUUAGAGACAAAUCAUAUCUCCUCCAAGCUAUGAGUCAUGCUUCAUAUUCUCCUAAUAGAGUCACUGAUUGUUAUCAGCGGCUUGAGUUCUUGGGUGAUGCAGUUCUAGAUUACCUAAUUACAAGACAUCUUUUUGAGGAUAAGCGUGCACAUAGCCCUGGAGCAUUAACAGAUUUAAGAUCUGCAUUAGUAAACAACACUAUAUUCGCUUCUCUAGCAGUUAAAUAUGGACUCCAUAAAUACUUCCGGCAUCUUUCACCUGGCCUAGCUGAAGUUAUUCAAAGAUUUGUUACCAUUCAAGAAGAAAACAGUCAUCUCAUCAGUGAAGAGUACUACUUAGUUGGUGAAGAAGCUGAAGAUGUAGAGGUACCAAAAGCACUAGGUGAUGUUUUUGAAUCUGUUGCUGGAGCAAUUUUUCUUGACAGUGGCAUGUCUUUAGAUACUGUUUGGAAGGUGUACUACAGAAUGAUGAAAAAAGAAAUAGAACAAUUUAGUACCAAAGUUCCGAAAUCUCCCAUCAGAGAACUGUUAGAAUUGGAACCAGAGACAGCUAAGUUCAGUAAACCUGAAAAACUAGCGGAUGGAAGAAGAGUUAGAGUCACAGUUGAAGUAUUUGGCAAAGGGACAUUCAAAGGUAUAGGACGAAACUACAGGAUAGCUAAAUGUACCGCAGCCAAAUGUGCUUUAAAACAAUUGAAGAUUGGACUAUUAGCUAGAAAGUUAACUGAACAUCCUAGUCAGUCAUUGUUAAAAGUUCUCAGAGUCUGCCAUGACCUGAAAAACAAGCACUAGAACUUCAUAAUUGUCUGUAUUAUUUUAAAAAGCCUAUUAUUUUUAUAGUUUUUACUUAAUUAGAGGAGUUUAUAUGACAGUAAUUGUCAUUUAAAAUAUUUUGCUUAUAACAUGAAAAAUUUGAUGUUUUAUUGAAAAAUAAGUUAUGAACAAAAUAUUUUAAAAACUCAUAAUUAUUACAAAUGAUCUUGUGAAUGGCAAGUUUCAAUAACUGAUGAUUUAUUUUAAAUCUAAUACUUUUUUCCGAAAUAUUUGAUUUUCUUCAUCAUUAGAAUGAACAAAAUGAAGUUUAAUCUAUAAAGCUAAAAGUUGAUAUUUAUUAGUAAUGUUUAUAACAUUUUAAAGACUCAAUAAUUCUAACGUGUUUUGCCUUCUGAAUACAAGUAUAAGUUUUGUAGUAUAGUUUUAAAAAGAUUUCUCAGAUAUGUAUUUUCUCUUGUGAAUUACUGUAGUGACUUUACACUCGUAAAUUAAGGCCAAAUGCACCAGACAUACCUUUUAAUGGGAUUUUAUAAAUGUGUAUAGUUAUUUAUUAAAAUAAUUGAAUAAUCGAGUAUAAAACUCCAUACUAUAUAAAAUUUUAAAUUACUAAUUAACUAUUUUCUUAUUAUUAACGUUCAUCGUAUAUUGAUACAUUUAGUUAAUAGUACUUUUGUAUUCAGAAGCAGUUUAAUUAAUUUCAUAUUUAUUUACAUUAUUUAAGUUAAAUUUUUCAACUAGGCAGGCAUUUUUUUGUUAAUCUGUUAAAAUUAUAAAUUGUAAUGAGCAUAAUCUUGUUUUUUAUAUUAGUCUUCUUUAUUUGAUAGUAAGUGUUUUUUAAAAAUACAAAAAAAAAUGUAGCUAUGGUUUUGUGAUUUUACUUAACUCGUUUUAAUGCUGUUAAAAGGUUUGUAUCCAAUUGGUUAUUGUUGUAUUGAACAAAAAAUGAUUAUUGAUGUAUUUUAUAUUAACUCUAGUCAUUUUUUGGAUUAAUAUUAUUCAAAUGGAAUAAUUAGUGUUUAAAAAAAAAAGUAAUUCUAAAAUAAUUAGCCAAGUAGCUCCUCUUUUCUGUCAUAUUGUAUGAAGUAAUCAAAUUACACAAUUUUACUUUUUGCAUUUAUUUAAACUAUCACUUUGAAUUGUUGCCUAUCCUAAAAGCAAAUAAAAUCUUCUACAUUGAUUACUUACUGCAUAAUUUAUUUAGCAGUUACUCUUUUUCUGUUUUGUUUUUUUUCUAAUGAAUUAAUUUUUUUUUCAAAUUGUGUGUCUUAUCCUCAAUAGUUUUAGUAUUUUAUUAUUAUUCAUGCAUUUUAUUAUUCAUUUUCUACCUUGUUAAAAUUUUUAAAUCUGUGAUUCUGUUUUGUAACUUUAAAAGUAUUUUUUUAAAAUGAUAAUAAAAGCCUUCAUGCAUUUAUGCCUUCGCAGCUCUUAUCUACAGAUUGAAUUAUGAACUUUAGUUGAAGUAAGAUCGGUAUUCGAAGGCAGAUUAAUUAUUAGGCCUAUUUUUGAAUAAUGUGCAAUAUAACUAAAAGUGUUCAAAUUAUGCAUAUUAUCUUUAAAAAAUUUAUAAAAUAAAAACAUAUUGAUGGAAGCGCUAGAAACCCCUAAUGGUUUGAUUUGUUCAUUAAAUUACUGUGGAGCCAAAGUUGUCAUUUUUAGGUGUUUUUAUACAAGUGUGCUUCUUUUCCUUGUUGUAUUUAUGGUGAACUCGAAAAACUGAAUAAGGUUUUUAAUUUAAGGAAUUAUGUAUGGCUGAUUACUAAAUUUUUGUUAACAUGUUGAGUAGAUUAUAUCUUUAAACUAAGUUAGGCGGCAGAUUUUAUGUUUUACCCAAGCUUUAUGGAUAUAAAUUGGGUACUUAUUUAUUUGUUUUUUUUUCUGAACCAAUUUACAGAUAGGACAAAUAGAUGCAUCACAAAUUAAUAAAAUUAAAAGGUAGGAAAGAACUCAAUCAUAAUGUUUAUCUCUAUCGCUGCUUCAGCAAAUGCAAAAACAAAUCCCUGAAAGUUGGUUGGUAUUUAGAAUUUAUGUAGCUUUAAGAGAGAAAGUGAAAAUUUGAUAAAUUUAUUAAUUCCAUAAAUCUAGUGUAAAAAAACAAAAAGUGAGAUGAAUUUUAGAAAUUUUGUAUUUAUUUUUUAUAUUAUUUGUGGAAGGGAAAGUGUAUGGUUAGUUAUUUCAGUUAUAAUAAUAAAAUGUACAUUGGGAAUUCAAACUUUAUACAAGAUUUUUCUUUUUUGUUUCCUUGACAUUUCUAUAACUAUAUAUUGCUAUUUCAGAGGAAAAUGUCAAGUUAUCAUUAAACUACUUAAAAAAAAUUUUUGUAAUUACUUAUAAGCAAAAUUAUUUUACUUCAUUUAUUUUGGAUUUAUCGUUCUAUAUUUAAUUUUGUUUUCUCGUGAUAUGAUAUUUAUUUUUAAAAUUUUCUGGUUAUUGCAAAUUGUUAAAAUUAUUUAGAACUUUUCUUAUUAACUGUUAAUUUUCUCUAAACAGGAAAUGCAGAUCAAAUCUAGAAAUAAAUGUUUUUUUCUUUCCCUAAGGAAAUUUUUUGCUUUUUAUUCCCAUCUCUCAUUGUUAAUAUUUUCUAAAACUUUUAGAUCUUAUUUGUUCUUUAUCAAUUAUUAAAUAAGCUCCUGUUUAUGUUGACUGCUAACUUCUAGAAACUCAAUGUUUCACAUAAUUGCUGAAAAUAUUGACCACAGUAUUUUUUAAGCUUUCUAUUUGUCCUCUUCUUUUAUAUCUGAAAUUUUCAUAAUUUUUUAACAUAUUGUGAGUCACAUAGUGUUACAAAGUAUAAACAUGCACAAAACAAUAGAUAAAAUAGAUUAUUGGUCUAUUUCCCUUUUAAAAUAUAAUAGAUUAAAGGAAUUAAAUUUUGAUUUAGAUUUAUUCAAAAUUAAAGUCACAAUAUCAAAAUAAGUUCAUUAAUUUGAAGGAAAAAAAAGUUUAUAUAUAAUACUUAAUAUCUGAAAUAUGGGGAUGACAGUCAACAUGUAAGAACUAUUAGUUUUUGUUUAUCUUUUAAUAACGGAUACGCUAACCCUGUUGAAGACCGAUUAGGAACAAAAAUUGUAUUUUUAUAUUUUUCCUAUAUUAUUAAUUAUGCAGUUUACUUUCUUUAAUAAAAUAUGGUUAACCACUGUUAAAUAUGUUAUACGCUGUUAUCAUCAAUGUGGUAAUGUUAUUUCAAAUCACAAGAAGUCUUAAUAUUUUAUUUCCAUAAAUCUUUUAAUAGGUACUAUUAACUAAAAAUACAGUUUUAUUUUCCCCAAUAAAAUAUAUCUGUUAUUAAUUUUCUGUCAAUAACUCACUUUUUUUUUUUUUAAUAUAUACAUAUAACAUUUUAUCUAUUUAAAUAUAUUAUAUUAAUAAUAUAAAAUUAUUGUUGUUUAUUCAUGCAUAAAUGUAAUUGACUUCUCAUGAUAGUUACUUUGCAUAUUUUCACGGUAUUAUUGUUUUAUGGCUGUAAUUACUUAAUAUUUAAGAGACUUUGUUAAGUUGAAAGUUUCAUGAUUUGUCUUAUCAUUAAGUAAAACUAUAUACCUACUGUCUGUAAAUGUCUUUUGUAUCAUACUUCAUUGUUCAAUGCCAGCAAUGAAACAACUGGUGGAUAAAGUUUCAUUUUAAACUGUAAAAUCCUUGUUAUAGGUGAAUAUUUUAAUUUUCAAUUUUAAGCAAAUAGUGUCUCAAAAGUUUUAGAUUAAAUUGGUUUUAGUCAUUAGAUAUUAUUUUAGAGUUAGUUUAUAAUUAACAAGCAUAUCAUUAUGUAUUACUUUUUUUUUUUUUCAUUUUAACAACAAUGAUAUUAGUUCACAUUCUGGUUUGAUAUGAAUUUGUGAAAUGAUAUCAUUGUACUUAAAGCAUCGUGCCAAGCUGUCACCAAAAUAAAAUACUUGAAACAAAAUUAUUCAUAUUUAACCUGUGAUAUUGUCUUAUUUUAUUAGCUCAGAAAGGAAGUAGUUUAUAAUGAUCCGUAUGCAGUGCUUUAAUGUUGUUAAUAAUAAAUAAGUGUAUUUUCUUUUUAUUAUAGGUUGAUAUUUAGAAAUAGUUUAGUGUAUAAUGUAGAACAGGUCCACUCUGCUCAAUAAAUCAUUUUGGAAAUAUUCUUGAUUUUUUAAAUUAUCCCUAUUGCUAUUAAGAAUGC